AUGGCCAAAUCUAAGGGGAAGAAACCCCAGGGGGAAAAGGAUUUAGAAUCCCUUGAGGUAGCACUAAUCAAAAUCAAUCCUGACAAGAGGAAUUUGGAAACCCCCAAAAAUAGUCCUGUUAAAACGAGAAAGAUCAAAAAGUACUCUACCAAGAAAAGCAUUACUAUUCACCUAGAUUUGCAAGAUUCUGAGAAAGAAGAGGAGUGGUUUAAUGAUAAGGAGAAUAAGGAGAGUAUCUCACAAGAAAGAAUGCCUCCUCGACUCUUGUGUAAUGAUAAAAAUGUCCAAAUCAAACCUAAAGUGACUACCUUUGAUUCGGCAGAAUAUUUCAACUUGAAGGAUGAUGAUGAUUCUUCAAAUGAGGAUACAGGGGAUAAGGAGUACCAAGCCAAAGAUGUGGAAAAGGAGGAUUUCUAUAAGGAGGAUAUGGAAGUAGGGAGUGAUUCCUAG